AAUGUACUGAGAGCAGUGUUGCUUUCGCCAGUUCUCUUGCGUACAUCCAAACUGAUGGCCCAUCAGUGCAAAUACUGCCAGGAGGUAAAACCUGGGCUCUCAAGACUUCUCCUUCAAAUCCUUUAUAGCUUGACGUUUUAUUGGAAGAGAUAAGAGCGUCGCUGCAGCUGUUCGAUUUCCACACACCAAAUGGGUGCACCUCAGAGGAGAACAAGAAAUCAUGUCCUGUAUACGUGGUAAAAACAAGUGGAAGAGGAUUCUUGGGGGUGUACGAUCCUGAACCAGAGCUCCUACACUACUUCCUUACCUCAAAUGCGGUUCUGUUAGACUCCCAAAAUAGAUUGCGCUCCACGACAUCUACAGGGACAUCUAGCGAAAAAGAUUUUGCAUUUUACAAGUCCUGGCCCCAGCAACCUUCCAAAUCUACACUGAAAAUGACAUUCAGUGGCAUCUACAACCCUACUACCUGCCUCAAGAUUCACGACAUUGUCAUGUUCAUUGUUUCUAAGGAUCAUUAUCCAGUUUAUGAUGUCAACAGCCUGUACAAUACAAACCAUGAGUUUGACUGGGGAGGUUUCCGCAGCCUAGCAGAAGAAGCUAAGUUGGCCUCAGGCUCCGACAACUUCCUGCUCUUCUUUUACCAGUUCCAUGAUCCCGGAACUUAUGUCUUGAGGCUAAGUAGCAACCAGCACAAAAGAAUGUAUGUCAGAGUCAUGCCCUAUGGUGGACAGUGUUAUGAUGAGGGUCCCUUCUUCCCAACGACUCCCAGACACAUGGUGCAAGUGGGGGUUGCCAGGAUCCCAGACCUCAUUCUGAAACCUGACUGGCGAGCAAUUAUUGGGAUUAUAAUCGGAGUCGUCUUUCUCCUCAUUGUUUGCCUGCUACUGAUUAUUUUUUGCCAAACCUUUGGCUUCUCCAGGAAAGGAAGCCCUUCCCCACGAUUCCGAAAGUUACAGCUGAAAUAUAAUAUAGACAAAUAUUCCUCCAGAGAAUCCACAGUCCUUACCCUCAGAAAAUAUCACCCUGGAAUGCAGCAAGCAGGCAGUUUGGAAAAGAACUUCAGCCAUAUGGAGAAAAGAGAAGGCAAGUGUGAAAUAUGGGACACGGAAGAACAAAUAGAUCUGGACUCAUUCAAUACCAACGCCUUCUUUGAAAUUCUGGUCGCACAGUCUCUGGCAGUUACAGCCAAACUGAGCCAGUUUAAGGAAGAGCUGAAAAUCUUGUACCAUAAACUUCAGGAUGAAGCAGCCAUGCUCAGAGAUCUUUGGCUAGCCAAGCUGUGCAUCCCUGACAGAGCUGAUCCUUGUGAUGAUGUACUGAUGGGGAACUAUGUCAAAGCAAAACAGCAGGUGGAGGAGGAGAUUCUGCUCCGAAAGCACCUGGCCACAGAAUAUGAAGAAAGCGUGAGCAGGCAGCUCCACUUACUGAGCCAGGACAUGAAACGACGUGAGGAGCACUGGGUGGCAUUUAAUUCUGCUCUGCGGGAAGCCAUAAGGUUGACAGAGGCCCUGGCGGAGGCUCUGUCUUCUGAGGAAGGUCAAGUCUCAGGCUCUAAAUCAGCCCAUCACAGGUUAUUAAGCCUCAUAGAUGCUGCAAGCAACCAGGUGUCCAGCACUGUCAUACAGGAGACUCGUAGGCUCAUGGCAUGGGGCAUCCUGGGAGAAGGAACGGGAGCUCACCUUGUUAACAGAGAGAGAACCAGGCUACUCACCAAGGCAGAGCUUGUAGGAUCAGAUGGCUCUGUGAAGGCACAGGAUGUCCUGCACCAGGAUGCUACCACUGGACUAAUAAUGCCCAGCCAUGGUGCUGUCAUGCUGCUGGCCAAUCAGUCCAUGGAGCCUGUAUCUGCCCACCACUUCCUGCACCCUGGCACAGGAAGAUUGCUCCCGAUAGCUGGGAAUGUUGGCUUCGACCCUGUCAACUCUAAGCUGAUCCCUGUGGUUGAUUUAGCACCUGGAGAGAUUCAUCACUCAGAGGCUCCCAUCUUGCCCUAUGUCCCGUAUCCUGUGUGUCUCCAUUCUGGCCUACCAGUGAAGACUCGCCUGCCAGUCCUACAGCCUGAGAAAGUGUUUAAAUUGGGAGGCCUCAUGCAAGACCCAGCGACGGGGAUUGAGGUGCCAAUACUUGCCGUUACCAUUCACCCCCAAACUGGCCAGAAGCUGUCUUUGGGUGGGACAUACCUGAAUCCUCUAACAGGAACAGUGACGCCUCUUGAAUUGGGGGGGCCUAUGAGGUUCCCAGAAGGAGGGAGAAUUGUUCCAAUCCUUGGAGUCAGUUUGGAUAAUAACACAGGAGACCUCAUUCCAGUGGGAGGCCUCCAUGGGCCCUCAGAGAGCCUCUCCCUUAUAGGGGAUUCCUUUACGGAGCCACUGAGCGGGAAGGUUGCCCGUGUCCAAGGCAUUUGCCUUCAGCAAGACAAGAUGGCCGCUCACGCAGGGGGCUAUCAGGCGGUAUUGGACUCCAACCUCCUUGUAGCUCAGAUCCACGUGGCUCAAUCACUAAGAGAGUAUAAGGACUCCAUUUGUGAGGAGCUGUGCUCUGCUGGAGAUAGGCAGAAAGCCCUCAAAGCCGCAGAAGAGGACAUGAAAAGAGCACUGUCUGAGGUGCUGGACUAUUUGUUGUACCAGCUAAGAACCCUUGAGCAGCAACGGGGCCGUGCAUUAGUUCUCAAGAGCACCGGCGGCAAGUUGGGGAUGAUCAAAUAUCCCAGCACAGAUCUCUGGAUCCCUGCCGUGUUUGGGAUGAAAAUCCCGGAUCCUGGAGGUUCUGAUUUGACGGUGCCCAUCCUUGGAGUUGAAUGUGACUGGAGGACAGGGCAGCCAAUGCCAUUAGCUGGGACCAUGGAAGAUGCAGAUGGGAAAGGUCUUGUUCCACUCGCUGUUGGCUUCAGAACCAUGGAUCCCAUAACAGGCGAGACUGGUCCAGUCAUUGGAGCUCAAAUUAACCCUUGGACAAAUGCUGUCAUUCCUGUGGUCCAGUCCCUGGGAAAUUUACCAAGAGGAAAUCCAGACCCAGAACUGCUGGCUGGUUUGGAGAAGGAAAUAAAUGCCAAGCAAGCAUACUGGCACUGCCAGCGGGAAAAAGAAGAGGAGCUCUUUAAAGAGCUGGAUUUUAUAUGUCUGGAUGUCUUGGAUGCAGCCAAGGAGGGGAAAAUGAAAAAGUUAAGGUAUAAGAUCAAAUUAAGACCUGCUGAUGAAAUCUAUCACCUACUGGAAGAAUCUUCUGCCCAGGAAAUUCAAAGGAGAGCUAGCAGAGAUCAGAACAUGCUGUGGGACACAGAACAGUCUCUGAGGAUGAGAGUUGACAAGGAUGAGAGAGACCAGGAAGCCAGAGUUCGGCUUUUGCUCAGGAAGAUGCUGGAGAAACUGGUCCAGUUCAUCCGGAAGAUGCAGCUAGAAGAAGGACGGAUCCAGAUGCAGUUGAAGGAAGCGGAACGGCAGUGGAGCAGAGGCUUGCGCAUGGAAGAGGCCAUAAGAGAGAAAUCCAGAAAGAUCACACUGCAUCUUGUGGCUGGAUUCCAGGAACACAUUGCAAAGCAGCAGACCAGCGUGGAGAGUGCCCACUGCAGGCUAGAAUAUUUCCGAUACUUAUCACAUACGCUGGCCCUACAGACAAAGGACCUUCUCUCCGGUUCAUCCCAGUGCUUUCUGAACUACCCAGGCGCAAAAUUCUACAGCGCGGCCGGCACUGCCCAUGGAAGUUGGGAAGUCAUCAAUCGGAAACUGAUCCCGCUCCUCAAGUCUGUGGUUCAGACUCUGGAAGAGAACAAAAGGGGUCCCUUGUCUCCUGAGGUGCUUCUGGGUCUGGGAUCAGGAGAAGGCUACUCAUCCAGAAGCACUCUGAAGGUGUCUGAAGCUGCCGGCGAAGCGUUCCGGACCGAAACGAGGCAGGAAAUGGCUCUUGCUGCAGCAACCCUCUCACCUGUGCCACCUUCUUGGGCCACACCAAACAGAUCCCAGUUGUUGCAAGAAAUCCAUACCAGGAUUUUCUUGGAGAAGCACGCCAGCGAGAUGGUGCACCUUGAGCUGUCCUUGAUGGCUGAGGAAAUCAACAUGAUCUCUUGCUUUUGCGAAUCCUCAAAGCUGAGGAAGGACCUGGGGAUGACACGAAGGCAUAACUUGGGAGCGGCCAACGACUGGGACAACCUCCUGAAGGAGCUGGCUGAGUAUCACCAGCAUGCUGAAGAAGAGCUUAGACAGCAGCACUGGGAAGAAAUUAAAUGUGCCGGGCUCAGCCCUGAGGAAAGAACCCUCAAAGACGGGGCUUUAUUCUCUCUGGAAGAAAUCCUGCAGAAUCUUGCGUCGCUGGGUGCCGACCUGCAAAAAGCAGGACCCCCCUCUAGAUUAGGCCUUGCAAAAGCAAACAGUGAAACUCAAACUUUGGAGAGCAAGCUGGGCAGAGGCUCAGUGGCUCAGAAACUGCGAGCCACAGCAAGCAAGAUAGUGAAGCAAGAAGCUAUGAAGCAAAUGUGGAUACACAGAGUCCUGGAUUGUUACAACCAUCUCCAGAGAUGGAGCUGUCCGGAAGGCAUAUUACAGGUUCUGGACAACUUAUGCUACACAGCUGCAGGGGAAAUGGUGGCCUGUGAGGUGGCCCAGUCAGCUGAGCAACAUCAGGUGGAGAGAGCGAUGACCUUUCUCCAAAAGUCCUCUAAGGAAGGGGAAAUACUUGUCUCAUUCAAAGAAAUGGAUGAAGCUGAGCUGAGGAAGCUGCAGACACUGAUCCAAAUGGAACUGCAAGCACAGAUAGAGGAAAAGCUGGAAGCCAAAGAAAUGGAAGCAAUUCAGGAGGUGGCCAAGCAGACCCCAGGCCCUGCUGCUGCUGAACAGUUGGCGUAUUUUCUUUUGACUCAGAGGCAUCUACGGCAAACAGUCCUAGUAUCAGAAGGUCUCUCCAGGCUUCGGAAAGCAGGCCCCAGAACGGCAGGCGAUCAGAGCUCCACAGAAGACCUUGCUCAGGAGGAACCGCUUGUGGAUGAAGGGAUGAAGGGCGUGGCUCAGCUGCUGAAGGGGGAAAAGCAGUAUGAGGACUCCGUGCUGGAGCUGCAACACACAGCACAGAUGCUGCAGUUGAGGGAGAGGCAAUUUCAAGAGACAGUCGAAAUGCUGAAAGCUCACUCCUUAGACAAGCAGCGCCUGGAGGAUGCUCACCAGAUAGCCAGUGGACUGCAGGACUUCAGGCAGCAGAAAACCAGAGAGCUGGCAGAGCAGCUGAGAACUUGCCUGCUGGGCAGCCAGAAGGCAAAAGAGGGAACCUCGAGCAAUCCCAGUCCACCCCAGAGUGAAAGUCCUCCUCUAGAAAAAAAAGAUAAAGGAGGAAAAGGAAAAGAGAAAUGGGUGGAUUCCCAAGAAGCUCGGUUGGUGGAGCUGGAGGAAUCUUACCGAGAGCAAAUAUUGGAAGAGAAAGCAAAACUGGAGGAUCAGCUGGAAAGAGGGGAAAUGAAGAAGUGGUCAAAGCAGAAACUGAUCAGAGAACAUGAUGAGACAGUGACCUUCCUGGACAAGGCGUUUCGCCAAGAUAUGCACAAGCUCAGAGGGAGGAUGGAGAAAGAUCAAAAGAGAAAAUACUCAGGUCAAGAAGACGGAAAUUCUCUGACUUCUGAAGCUGCCUCUUUGCCGGGGCAAAACCAGCCCAGCCUGGCUGAAGACAGAGUUCUCUCCCUCUUGACAGAAAAUCUCAAGGUCUUGAAGCAAACUGAACUCCUAGUGAGCUUACGAACCACCCUGCUGAAUCCUCGGUUCACAGCUCUUCUGUCUGAUAGCAAUGGAGCUGGUGGUAUGACAUCUUCCAAGCUCCUUGCUCUUCUGAAGGAUGUGAACUGCCAAAUCCAAAAGUGUGCAGCGGCGGUUGGACUGCUGGAUGUCCAUCGUCCGGAAUAUGAUAAAGUAAAUUCUUUUCAGGAUAUAAUGGACACUCAGAUGGUCCCUAAAUCCAGAGAUCUUGUCCCUCUGCUCACAUCAACCCUUUCUGCAAGGGAAUUUGUCGUGUACCAAUACGGAAUGGUGAUCCUGAAAUUCCUCAGGCCUCAUAUUGGUGCACCAGAGAUUGAUCUGUGCAUUGCUUCCAGCAUUCCUUCCAGCAACACACCAGGAAACGCCUUCCGGAACUCUUUCCAUUAUCAGACUCCUGGCAACAAACUGUUUGUUCUAAGGGAGUGCUUGAGUUGUGUGGGCAGCUUUAUCCUGCUUCUUGUGCACUGCCUGGCCCACAUCACUGCCGAAGACCUCCGCCAGGAUUCCAGCCCAGCUUUUCGGAGGCUCUUUUACCAGGCACUCAAGGCUUGCCUGGGUGAAAUGUUCUCUCUCAGGCUUCAGACAUCAGCAGUUCUGGAGGACAGUAAAUCCGCUGCAAUGAUGAUUAACGAGGCUUUUCUGAAGGGAGAGGGGCUCGCAGAUGAGAAAAUAAAUCUCCUUUCAGGGCUCUUGGAUGCCAAAGUGAAGCCUUCUGCAGACUUAGAGGAGGAGCAUGAGAGCCUCUUGCUUGAUGUGGAUUUCGAUGACUCGCUCAGAAGCAAACUGCCCGGAAAGAAGAAGGAUUGUUAUUCCCACAUCUUGCCCAGCAGCCAGGAGAUUCUCCCAUCGACAAGCUCACAGGCCAGCAGUUACCCCCACACCACCCCUGAAGCAGCAGCAGACAAGCUGGAUGUGCUCAACGAGAAGCUGGUAACACUCCUGCAAGAGGAGGAAGAGUGCGUCUCCAGGAGCGGAGCUGGUGGAGCUUCAUUGUUCGAUGAGCUCAAGGCCAUCGGCUUGGAGAAAGACUCUCUGCUGAAGGAAAUAAAAGCCCUGGAAAGGAAAGUGGCAGAAGCCAAGAAGGGGAGGCCGGAAUGAGUCUGUGGAGUCUUAGAAAAGCAAUAGGGGAAGGAGGGAAAGAGGCAACAAGUUAGGAUGGUGCCAGCAAGAAGACUGAAGGGGAUGCCCAUGGCUUUUUUUCAGGGGGAACUCACGGGAACCCAGCUUCAGCACCUCUCAGGUGGGCACCAUUGUCAUUUUAAGAGAACGAGGUUCAUGGUGAGUUCCGGCAUCUCUUUUAUCCUAGAAAAAUAGCACUGGAGAUGCCUAAUCGCCCCCAAAUGCUUGACUUGACAUAGCUGCCUGUUUUCUCUCCCUCUACCCCAAUGUACAUCUGCAACAAGUCAUGUAAUGUCAGCUUCCAGCUUAAGCCAAGGAUAGCAAGAGUCCGUCGCAAGGACAUGAUUAGCAAAGGACUCCAGUUCUCAAUACAAUUGGUUAGUUAUGGCGAGGCCCACACAAACACAGUAAGGCUGGUAAAGACCAUUCCUGAGGCAAUGUGUACAUAAAGGUAAAGGGACCCCUGACCAUUAGGUCCAGUCGUGACUGACUCUGGGGUUGCAGCGCUCAUCUCGCGUUAUUGGCCGAGGGAGCCAGUGUACAGCUUCCAGGUCAUGUGGCCAGCAUGACAAAGCCGCUUCUGGCGAACCAGAGCAGCACACAGAAACGCCGUUUACCUUCCCGCUGUAGCGGUACCUAUUUAUCUACUUGCACUUUGACGUGCUUUCGAACUGCUAGGUUGGCAGGAGCUGGGACCAAGCAACGGGAGCUGACCUGGUCGUGGGGAUUCGAACCACGGACCAUUUGAUCAGCAAGCCCUAGGCUCUGUGGUUUAACCCACAGUGUCACCCACGUCCCACACAUAUGUACAUACCCUACAAUAUUUCUCCAAUGA